GGCUUUGAACUUCUGCUCUUGCUACUAUUACUAUUAAUAUUACUGCUAUUUAAUGAAGAUGAGAGUAAUUUGAGUUUUAAGUUGAGGGUAUUAUCCUUUAAAAAAUACAGGAAUUUGAACUGUACACACAUUACAUAAGCAGCCUGAUAUCACUGAACUUCGAAUUAUUUGCUAAGAGAUAACAGAGGAAUGAGUUAACUCUAACCUCUCUCCUCCUUAAACAUCUUUUAUGAAAUAUAUAACUGAGAAUAAGCUUUCUUCAUAUUAGCUUAAACACUUACAUUGUUACUCUGCAAUAAUGGGUAGUAAAAUACAUACAGUUUUGGGAUCGAUUUCACCUGAAGAACUGGGGCGAACUUUGACUCACGAACACUUCUCAAUGGAUUUUCAGCAGCUGUAUGUUGAACCACCCAAGGAGCUUAAGUCAUUUUUUGAAAAUAAAAUAUCACUUGAUAAUGUUGGAUUUAUAAAACAAUAUCCCUACAGCAGUAAAUACAAUUGCUUGUUUAAUGAUGCUGAGACACAUGCAGCAGUUCUGUACGACAUGACAUUGUACAAACAAUUUGGAGGUGGAUCAGUUGUGGAAAACUCAAGCCAUGGACUGCAGAGAAAUGUUAAGUUUAUGAAGGAAGUGAGUCAAAAGACAGGAGUACAUGUCAUUGCUGGUACAGGUCAUUACAUCUCCUAUGUUCAGCCUCCAAGUGUCCUCAAGUUGUCACAAGAGAAUAUGUACAACUUAAUGCUGAAAGAACUGACAGAUGGCUGUGAAGAUCAACCUGAUGUUAAAUGUGGUUUCAUUGGAGAAGUGGGAAGUGGAUGGCCACUUCAUGACUUUGAAAGACGAGCAAUCAUAGCCACUGGAGAAGUACAAGCCCAUUUGGGUUGUCCUGUCAGCUUUCAUCCAGGGAGACAUCCAGAAGCUCCAUUUGAAAUAAUCCGUUUGUUUCAAGAAGCUGGUGGGAAUGUGAAGAAGACAGUCAUGUCGCAUCUUGAUAGGACAAUUAUUAAGAGUGAAGAUUUACUUGAGUUCUCUAAUCUUGGAACCUACUGUCAGUUUGAUUUAUUUGGGAUUGAAUGCUCACUGUAUCAGAUGAGCCCCACAGUAGACAUGCCUUCUGAUGCACAGAGAAUGGACAAGGUGGUUUCUCUCAUUGAGGCUGGCAAAGAAGACAGAAUUCUUUUAGCCCAUGACAUUCACACCAAACACAGACUGAUCAAAUUUGGUGGUCACGGAUAUUCACAUAUUCUCAACAACGUCUUACCAAAAAUGCAGACAAAAGGAAUCUCUCAGGAGACAACUGACAAGAUUACGAUAGAAAAUCCUAAAACAUGGCUUGCUUACAGUCAAAAGUAGCCUGUUUCUGAGGACCUAAGACUCUGGUGAAGGCAGAAUUAUCCCAAUUAGGAUAUCAUUUUGAAAUUAUUAUUUUCUUUAUUUUAGCAACAUUUAUGAAAUAAAAAGUAACAACUAAAUCUUUUCAACCUACACUUACUGUUAGUCACAUGAGGCAGUAUAGCAGAAGAAAAAUUAGGGAUGUGGCAGACACUAGUUGCCAUCCUGUUUGUAGUUUUUUCCAGCCUGAUCAGAGUAUGUGCUAGAAAUGCAAUAUCAUUAGUACUGUUUGAGUCCUAUUAUUAUUCUGAAUAUGUUUCAUUACUUAAUUUCUUACUCAACAAGAGAAUACUAGUAAAUACCAUAUUAUAAAUAUGCAGUGUUAACAUUCCAAAUAAACAGAAAGCUUUCCUGAUUUAUACCUAGAAGGAAAUCUUGAUACAAUUAUAAUUUUAAUGAGACACCACCACAAAGUAUGAAAUGGUAAAGUUUCAUAACAUGAUGCCAGUACUUGUACACUUGUAUGGCAGAGAACUAAAUAAAAACAGAAACAGCAGAAA